GUACCGAACGGUUAUACCAAUCGAGCAGUUUCUGUGUUUUCUAGUGUGUACAGUUUGUGCCGUGUCGCAUAAUUUCCAGCAGGACCUCACCAAGGCCCGGUGCUAUCUAAUGUGUAAUUUAAAUUUUCCCGAUCAAAGCGGCAGCAAUUCUGAACGAAGACUCAAGCAAACGAAAAUGUGUGCCUAAGUGCAGAGAGGAAACAGUUGCUAGCUCAGCUUUUGCCUCGAGAAAAGCUUGCAGUUGAAAGUUUCCUAUUUAUACUACGAUAUGAAACAAAAAGCGAAAAUAGGCUGUGAAUAAUAGUUUAGUAGUUAAUUUAUUUAUUCCUCUUUAUUUAUACAACGCGAUACAAUACGAGAGCAGCUACCUGAUUCGGAUACGCAACAACAAUCUUUGACUAUGGAUAAGAACCGGCUUUCGACUUGUUUUUAUUUCUGCCUCGCCAUGCUGAUCAAUUGGUCACAAGGGCAGCCAACGCCGUCACAGCAGCUCAAGGUCAACACCGUGCUACCGGUAGUAAAAAAAGAUGUUUUCAUGUCCCGUGGUUGGGGAGCUUCCGGGAUGCCCUUCACCAUGUUUUAUCUUAACCAUUACGCGAAAGCGCAAAAAGCGUACGCUCAAAACCAGCAACAGCUUCAGCAGAGGAAUCGCCUACAACAGGAUAUCGAAGAAAGCAAGCUGCGACCGGGUACGGAAGAACCGUCCUCAAUGGAGCAACCACGGAUACUGCCGUACGGGACACGAUAUGCGGAACCAGUGGCUAAUGCCCAACACAGCGAGUACGGCCGGGGUAGUGUCACCAAGGACGAUGAAUAUUCCGACGGUGGCGUCUAUCUGCCCUCAAAACCGAGCUCACCUCGAAGACACUACAAUGUACCCCAACUAUUCGUGUCCUACGGAUGGGGUCCCAUGGGUUAAUACAAGAUAUGUAACCCACCAACCGAGCUGUAAUAUUAUGUAAUUACGUUUCCUCCCCAUGCAUUAGUGGUUGUCUCUCUUGUUGUAAUACGUACU